AUGAAGGCGCUGCUAACGUUGGAGGCCUCUCGCUGCGCGAACCCGAAGAACGAGAGCGGCGGCGGGAGGAAAGAGAACGACGACGCGCGGCGGCUAGGAAGAACGAGAACGGCCGCAAUCGCCGACUAUGGCUCCGACGGCCACACAUUCUAUGUCCUCCACAACUGCCUCUCCACCUUCCGGAUCUGGAUUUCAGAUUUGAUAGUCAAGGAAUUGAAGAGGAGCAUCAACGGAUUCCGCUUCGACCAAACCCUAAUCCACCGAGCGAUUCGACCAAUAUCCAAUCGACCGGAGCAAUUGGCGGCCGCUCUCCAGGUCGCCGGCAUUGUCACUCCUCAGCAAUCGGCGGCUGCUCUCCCAGUUCUCCCUCCCGGUCGCCAGCCGAGGGCGACGGUCGUCUGUCCGCUCCAGCUCACUCGAGCAGUCAAGCUCGACGAAAAAUCCACCCAACGCGAGGCCAGCUCUGCCUCUCUUUGCCUCCCUGGCAGCGAUUUUCCUCACCGGUUUUUGCCGCCGCCGCCAAUGGAGCUGAAGGAAUUCUCUUUUCCGGCGGUUUCCGUCCCCUUGGCAGUGAUUGCAGCUGCUAGGGUUUCAGGUUUCAGUCUCCCAGCCGAGUCUGGGAAACCUGCUUCCACGCCGACCUUUGUCUUCUCCAAUGGGCUGGAAUUGCACGGCACGAAUGUACUCAUUCGGUAUAUCGGCCGAGUCGCCAGCUGCAUGCCGAAUUUCUACGGCCAGGGCCCUUAUGAAUCCAGCAAGGUCGAUGAGUGGCUGGAAUAUGCCCCUGUACUGUCAUCAGGAUCUGAGUUCGAGAACGCAUGCAAGUUUGUGGACUCUUAUCUGUCGAAGAGAACCGUUUUGGUAGGAGAGUUUUUUACCAUUGCUGACAUGGUAGUCUGGUCAGGCUUAGCAGCUACUGGGCAGAGGUGGGAAAGUUUAAGAAAGUCAAAAAAAUAUCAAAAUCUAGUCCGCUGGUUCAACUCUAUAUCUGCAGAGUAUGGAGUUUUGGAUGAAGUAACUUCAGCAUAUGUAGGGAAAAAAGGCUCAGGAAAGCCUGUGGCUGUAAAACCAAAGGACCAACAGGCUGCUGUUAAUGGGGGAGACAUCACGGAAAAGGGAAAAGGAAGCAGCAGCAGGCCUUCAGCUGAAGUCGACCUUCCGGAGGCUGAAAUUGGAAAGGUGAAAUUGCGGUUUGCACCAGAACCCAGUGGCUUUCUUCAUAUUGGGCACUCUAAAGCGGCUCUCUUGAACCAGUAUUUUGCCCAAAGGUACAAUGGUGUUCUCAUCAUUCGUUUUGAUGACACCAAUCCUUCCAAAGAAAGCAGUGAGUUUGUGGACAAUCUCUUGAAAGAUAUACAGACUCUUGGUAUCAAAUAUGAGAAGGUCACACAUACUUCGGACUACUUUCCUGUGCUGAUGGAGAUGGCCGAGAAGUUGAUCAGAGAAGGGAAAGCUUAUGUUGAUGACACACCACGUGAACAAAUGCAAAAGGAAAGGGGGGAAGGCAUUGAAUCAAAAUGCCGGAGCCAUAGCGUGGAAGAGAAUAUGAAACUGUGGAAGGAAAUGAUCGAGGCAUCCGAACGUGGACAGCAGUGCUGCCUCCGUGGGAAAUUGGACAUGCAAGAUCCGAACAAAUCUCUGCGUGAUCCAGUGUACUAUCGAUGCAAUCCUGUUCCUCACCAUAGAAUUGGGUCCCGAUACAAGCUGUAUCCAACAUAUGAUUUCGCUUGUCCGUUUGUUGAUGCCGAAGAAGGUAUUACUCAUGCACUCAGAUCAAGCGAGUACCAUGACAGAAACAGCCAGUACCACAGGAUUCAACAGGAUAUGGGGCUAAGGAAGGUUCACAUUUUUGAGUUCAGCCGGUUGAACAUGGUGUAUACAUUGUUGAGCAAACGUAAUCUUCGUUGGUUUGUUGAGAAUGGAAAAGUUGAUGGUUGGGAUGAUCCCAGGUUUCCGACUGUUCAAGGUAUUGUUCGCAGGGGACUCAAAAUUGAGGCAUUAGUGCAAUUUAUUCUCGAACAGGGGGCUUCCAAAAACCUUAAUCUAAUGGAGUGGGACAAGCUUUGGACGAUUAACAAAAAGAUAGUGGAUCCAGUGUGUCCUAGGCACACUGCUGUUAUUGAAGACAAGUGUGUGUUGCUGACCCUGCGUGAUGGUCCUGAUGCAGCAUUUGUUCGCAUCAUAGCUAGGCACAAGAAAUAUGAGGGUGCCGGAGAAAAGGCCACAACAUACACAAAGAGCAUAUGGAUUGACCAAGCUGAUGCUCAGUCCAUCUCAGCAAAUGAAGAAGUAACCUUGAUGGACUGGGGGAAUGCCAUUGUGCAGGAAAUUGUGAAGGAUGGAGAUGGAACGGUGAAAGAGUUGUUUGGUGUUUUACAUUUGGAAGGCUCGGUAAAGACCACUAAGUUGAAGCUAACCUGGCUGCCUAAGAUAAAUGAGUUGGUUAAGGUGUCGAUGGUGGAGUACGAUCAUCUGAUCACUAAGAAGAAGCUGGAGGAAGAUGAGAGCUUCAUGGAUGUCCUCAACCCAUGUACGAAGAAGGAGACUGCUGCUCUCGGGGACUCGAACAUACGAAAUUUGAAGCACGGGGAAAUACUGCAGCUGGAGAGGAAGGGGUACUACAUCUGCGAUGCUCCUUUCGUCAGACCAUCAAAACCCGUAGUUCUCAUUGGAAUCCCGGAUGGCCGCGGUCGCUAAGCCAAGCACACUGGCAUAGCAGACCUAAGCGGUACUCUUUCCAUUUCAUUACAGCUAUGUCCUGCUGAAGCCCUCAUGCGAUAGUAUUCUUCGUAGCUCUCAGGUUUUGUAUCUUUGAGGUUGGAAAGGUAAUUUAUAAAGUAGAAGAAAAGAAAUUGAGAGAUGUUUCGUUGGCGAUGAUGACUGAUGAUAGAACAAUGAGCAACAAAAGAACAAAAGUUUCGUUGGUAAUCACUGUAGUUGUCACUGGUCGCUGCAUUUCUCCAUUGCUAUGAUAUUCAGCGCUCUGAGUGAUUUUUGUUCACUAAAAGUGCCAGAAACAGCCUUUUUCUUUCCAGUGAUUUUGUUCACUAAGGUAAAUUCUUUUUGCGGAAAUAGAUAGAGAUGCAAAGGCAAAUAUUUAUCCUUUCUUAUUGCUGCCGGAACACUAGGAGGUCCAUCUCGCAACAGAGGUUUAUAUAAACUCGGUCAACAACGCAUGGGUAGAAAAGAG